AGAAUGCCAAAAGAGAAACAUUAUGAUGAGCCGCAUAUCUCAAUUUUGAACGCAAGUUCAUGAAAACCAGCCAUGCGACAAUGUUGGUGCAGUUAACGUGUGUUGUUUUGUCGAGAGGCCUCCGAUUUGGCGUUACAUGUCUAAAAUGAAAGAAUUGUCAACGCUAGUCGUUUGAAAACACUAAAAUGGCGACUGCAUCUUCCCCACUGGACCCAGAUCUAAUGAGGGAGGUUCUUGAAUGCCCUAUAUGUUUGGAGACCUACAACCAGGAACAAAUGAGACCCAAACUCCUACAGUGUGGUCACACAGUGUGCCGGCAGUGCCUAGAGAAGCUUUUGGCUAACACUAUCAAUGGUGUACGUUGCCCCUUCUGUAGCAAGGUGUCCCGUAUGAGCAGCAUCUCCCAGCUGGCUGAUAAUCUCACUGUGCUCAAGAUCCUAGAUUGUACUACAUCCUGCAGUGCCGCUGCUGCUGCCCUAAUGUGCAAGUCCUGCCGCAACCGCCUACCACGUCAGUACUGCCAAGAUUGUGCCACAGUCCUCUGUGAGCUCUGUAAAGGAGAGGGGCAUCUGCAUCAAGGCCACUCAGUCCAGCCGAUUAGGGUGGCUGCUGAACAGCGUCGUAAAGAACUGGGUGGCAAGCUGACAGCUCUGCGUGAUGUUAUGGGUGAAAUUCAGAAGAAAAAGACAGCUAUUGAAAACAUUAACAAGUCCUUGAGACUAAAAUACCAGGCCGUGCAGCAGGACUAUGUUACAGCUGAGCUGCGCCUUCAGGAGCAGCUUAGGAGGUCUCGAAAGACAUUCACAGCUUCCAUGACGGAAGUGGAAAAGCUAAAUGGACAGGUAUUGGAGGAGCAGACAUACCUCCUUAACAUUGCAGAGGUAAAAGUGGUGUCACGCUGUGAUUAUCUGAAAAUGCUGGUGAGGCAGAGUGAUAUUGCUUUGCUCAAGGAUGAUGGCACAGAUACUGAUGAUGAAGAGCUGGAUCUGAGGAGCAGCUUGCCCACCAUGUUUACGCUGCAAGAACCAGAGCUUGUCAGAACAGAGCACUCAAAACCAGUUGAAGUGGGCCAAGUGACCACAAAUACUUUUACUGUCAACACAGAUGAUGAGGAGUUGGAGAUUGCACUUGAAGGUGAUGUAGACAGUGUAACUGGUGCAGUAGGUGCUACCGGUGGAGCAACGGGGACUCCUUUGGAUCUCUACCGGGACGUUGAGAUGGUUGCAGCUGUAGAGGAUGCCGUAUGUGGUUCGCCUAGUAGCUUUAAGUCAAAGUCCAUGGAUGCAGGUGGGGGAUCACCUGGAGAAGCUGGGGCAAGUGCAGGGCCACCAGUCUGCCAGUUUGUGAAGAAGAUGGGCUGCAAGGGAACUUUACACGGAAUGUUCAAUUUACCAGUCAGCAUAUGUGUAACACCACAAGGUGAGGUCCUGGUGGCUGACCGUGGCAACUACCGCAUCCAGAUCUUUAAUCGCAAAGGUUUCCAGCGUGAAAUCCGCCGCAAUGCCAGUAGCAUCGACAAUUUUGUUCUGAGCUUCCUUGGGGCUGACCUGCCUAACCUCAUCCCCUUAUCCAUCGCUGUUACUCCUCAAGGUCUGAUUGGGGUUACUGACAACUACGAUAAUUCAGUUAAAGUCUACACUAUGGAUGGACACUGCGUGGCUUGCCACAAGAACCAAUUGAUUAAACCCUGGGGCAUUACUGCCAUGCCAUCAGGUCAGUUUGUAGUGUCAGAUGUGGAAGGUGGCAAGUUGUGGUGUCUAGCAGUGGACCGCCAUGUUGGUGUGGUCAGCUACAACAGAUUGUGUUCUGCUGUUCGGCCAAAGUUUGUGACGUGUGACGCAGCUGGAACAGUCUAUUUCACCCAGGGCCUGGCCCUGAACUUUGAGAAACGUCACAAUGAGCCCCACCUGGAGGGUGGCUUCUCUAUCGGUUCAGUGGAUACCGAUGGCCAGCUAGGCAAGCAGCUCAGCCAUUUCUUCUCAGAGACAGAGGACUUCCGCUGUAUCACUGGCAUGUGUGUGGAUGCCAAUGGAGAUUUGCUGGUAACAGAUAGUGGGAGGAAAGAAAUCCUCCAGUUUCCCAAAGAGGGUGGAUUCAAAAUUCUCAUCCAGGAAGGGCUGACUUGCCCUGUGGGAGUAGCCACCACCCAAAAAGGACAACUGCUGGUACUGGAUUGUUGGGACCACUGUGUCAAAGUCUACACAUACACUCAGAGGAGGCACUCCUCCACUUCCUAGAGGAACAAUCCAGUACACAUGAGUAUUGAAGUGUUUGGUGUGGUUUGCACUGGUAGGAAGUUUGAAAAGGGUAGAAACACACUGUUAUCUGUUACUACUGGCUGCAGUCCAAAUAGUUCUUACUUCAGUUAUUAGAUGAAUGUUCUAGUCAAUUUGGUUAAGUUUAAAGCCUACUGGAUUUUAUUUUAUUGCCUAAAAUUAAAAAUCAGCUGACUAAA